ACCCCACUGAAGAGGAAGAGGAGAAGCCAAAGUUCAAGCCCACCGCCCCAAAAAUCCCAGAGGGUGAGAAAGUGGACUUUGAUGACAUCCAGAAGAAACGUCAGAACAAGGAUCUGAUGGAGCUGCAGGCCCUGAUCGAUGCUCACUUUGAGCACAGGAAGAAGGAGGAGGAGGAGCUGAUCGCCCUCAAGGAGAGGAUUGAGAAGCGUCGUGCCGAGAGGGCCGAGCAGCAGAGGGUCCGCACUGAGAAGGAAAAGGAGCGCCAGGCCAGACGUGAGGAAGAGAGGCGGAUCAGGGAGGAGGCUGAUGCCAAGAAGAAGGCAGAUGAGGAUGCCAAGAAGAAGUCGGCUCUGUCCAGCAUGGGCUCCCAGUACAGCAGUCACCUGCAGAGAGCUGACCAGAAGAGAGGAGGAAAGAAAGAGACUGAGAGGGAGAAGAAGAAGAAGAUCCUGGCCGCCAGGCGCAAGGCGCUGAACAUCGACCAUCUGAACGAGGAAAAGCUGAAGGAAAAGAUAAAAGAGCUGCAUGACUGGAUGACCCAGCUGGAGUCUGAGAAGUUCGACCACACGGAGAGACUGAAGAGGCAGAAGUACGAGCAGCAAGAAGGGAGCCGCCCGCCGCAGAAAGUAGAUCAACUCGGCCCGCCAGUGCCCAGAAACCAAACCAGGAUCAUCUCGGACACACGCCUGAUGAAGCAAUGCACGCUGUGGCAAAGGUCUUAGCUCAGAAGAAGCCUGUAAUGCUGAGGUUUACCCUGCAGCCAACCAACCACACUAUGAAACAUGCAACCAGGAGCCUUUAGCUGCUCUUCAGUAGGAAUAAAAACCAUUAAACUUUGUUGCCGUCACGCUUCCUCACCCUGGACUGUUUGGUUCUCAGUAUUUUUGUAAAUAAAGUGUGACACUUCAAGCCAUGUC